UCGCCAAGAGUGAGGCCCAGGCAGGAGCCGGCUGCUGCUGAGCACGGCACCAUGAUGGAAGGGGGCAUGCAGCUGCUGAACCGUGACGGCCACAGCAUCUCGCACAACUCCAAGCGUCACUACCACGACUCGUUCGUGUCCAUGAACAGGAUGCGCCAGCGCGGCCUGCUCUGCGACAUCGUGCUGCAUGUCUCCAACAAGGAGAUCAAGGCGCACAAGGUGGUGCUGGCCUCCUGCAGUCCCUACUUCCAUGCCAUGUUUACAAGUAAAUAUCCCUCUGCGGAGUUCGCGCUCCCUGCUACUGACACUGCUCUUCGGUUCCUCCACGCCCUCACAAGUGUUCACCACUAGUGUUAGUCACCCCCUUUGAGUCACCGUCUCCCUCUCUUUACCCUACCUGUCUCUCUUCCACGCCUCAUUACACUAUUGAAGAUUGCACGAUUCUCCAUUGCUACGGAAUAUAAAUGAAUUGGAUGUGUUUAAAUUAUUAGAACCAUGAACAAAGUGGUGUGUGACAUGUUUGUGGUGAUUCUUGGUUGAUGCUUGAAUGAACUGUGCAUUGAACUGUGCUACAUUUCUCUCAAUGUGUGAGUGGCAUCUCACCUCAUUUGUUUGCUCUUACUUCCUCACCAGUGACCAUUUCCUUCCUCCUCCCUGUUGUCUGUGUGCGUUCUCUUUCCUGUUGGGGUCAUAGGUCACCAGGUGAGGUGUGUGUCCCAGUUUUCCUCCUCCUUCCUGCAGCUCAGACUAGAGCUUUGUGAGGGUAUGUCCCUGGAGAGAGAGGCUUUAAGACUUCCCACUAGGCUUCUUUUCAACUGACCAUGCUUUAAACCUAGGCCUAUUCAAAUCUGCUGAUAUAGCCGACAAUCUAAUCAAUAUAACCAAAAUGCUGGCGUGCUUGUGCGUGUGUGAUGGCUCUUUCUACUUGUUGGCACAAUUGAACUCCCUUCCAUGCUGCUGUAAUCAUGCUUCUUCACCAGUGUUUGGCUUAGUGCAAGCGCUGCAUAGAUCCAGGAAUCGGAAUUACACAAAGAUUGUCUGACAGUCAAAACAAUUGAUCACACAGACUGCUACAAAUUAUAGAAAACGUCAUAGUGCUAUGCAGUGACUGCUCUAUAAGAAUUUGUGUAUUAUGGGAAAUCGAAGUGGUCUAUGUGAGAUAUACUGUAUGUGACAAUAGAGUAUUCCACAUUAAACACACACACACACACCCUUAUUUCUUUCAGUUAAAUGUAGAUAUGAGUGUUGUAUUGGAUUGUCCACACAGGCACAGGCACUGCAGACUUUAUUAAGUGGAAAACUCUGUUGUCUGCCUCUGGUCAUACAGAUGAGAUGUCGGAGAGUCGCCAGACCCACGUGACCCUGCAUGACAUUGACCCCCAGGCGUUGGAACAGCUGGUUCAGUAUGCCUACACGGCAGAAAUCGUGGUGGGGGAGGGCAACGUGCAGGUAGGGAGAAAAGACUACUGCAUCUAAAAUAACACCCUAUUCCCUAUAGAGUGCAUUACUUGUGUGCAUUGCAUAGUACUCUGGUGAAAAGUAGUAUGUAGGGAAAGCCACCAUUUGUGACGCAGCCCUAAUGUACCAUCAUUAUUCUAAAUGUUAGUCUUGAACACUUUUUUGAAGCAUAUCAUUUUCUCUGACCACUGGUGUACCUAGCAAAGGGUUAACAUGAGAGUUACUCGGAAGUUUGUGGAAGGCACGAUGUAUUUGACUCUUGUUGUAAUAGCUUUGUCUACUUACCUCUGAAGUCAUUUGGAGCUAAGUAAUUGCCCUUCAAAACCUUUAAAGUAUUCCACAAUAAGAUACUGAUACUUACAUGACUUCGUAAAAGUAUUUAUGUUCCUAACCAUUUUAUAUACUGUCAAAUCCCAUCCUUUCCCAUCACACCAUAAACCUAUUGCCUCCGACCCUGUACUGUACCAUCCUAUACCAUUCCUCACAUUCCAUCCCAUAUCAUUCUGCCACAUUCUACAUCAUGUCCUAUAUCACUCCAUCCAAUUCGACUUCCAGACAUUGCUCCCAGCGGCCAGCCUGCUGCAGCUCAACGGGGUGAGGGAUGCCUGCUGUAAGUUCCUCCUCAGCCAGCUGGACCCUUCCAACUGCCUGGGCAUCCGCAGCUUUGCCGACACGCACUCCUGCAGCGACCUGCUCAAGUCUGCGCACAAGUACGUCCUGCAGCACUUUGUGGAGGUGUCCAAGACUGAGGAGUUCAUGCUGCUGCCGCUAAAGCAGGUAGGGGCCAGAAAGAGUACUGAAAUAGCAUGUUAUAUGCGUUUCCUCACAGAACGACUUGAUGUGGCAUUUAGUGGCAGCAUUGGGAUCUCCUUUAGCUAAUGAGUUGCAUUGGAAUUGUUGAAAGCUAUCAGGGCACUUUUGGUGCACUUUGACUUGCGUGCUGAUGUUGGGAGACUGCAAGCUGUAGACACACUAGGAAAAUAACACUGGUGAGUGCUGUUCACUUCUCUGGUAGUUUGUAUUUUAAAUGGUAAAUUGACAGACAAACAAGGUCAGAUGCACACUGAGAUAGGUUAGCUUAGCAUUAGUCUCCUCCCUCUCCGACUCUCCCUCUCUGACACUCUCUCUCACCCCUUUUCCGGCAAAAAGAGGAGCACAUCUGGUCGUGUUCUAACCUUUCCUCAACCCGCUCAAGGGCCUUCAAAGAGCAAGCAGCAAAGACAAGUGCGUAGUGCCUUUUCAACACUCACUAGACAAAGACAUCCUCAGCUCCUUGUCAAUCAGUGUCUCUUGUAGUUUUACUCAUCAUAGUUUUCUGUCACAUCAACUCAGCGUAGCAGUCACUUAUUCAUUGUCUGGACUUGUCCUAUGACAGCCCUGUUGAGGGUCAUACCCUCGAAAUGGUAAUUAGGCAGAGCACUGCCAAAGAUGGGCACGUUCCAGGCCGACUACAUUGCAGACAUUACUUGCUACCAAUCGUUGCUUGUCAUGUCAUCGACUGCACAGUCGGGCAUCUCAUUGCUAUAUCAUGUGAUGUGGUUAGCUAGUUAGGUGUUGUGAGAUCUGGCAUGCGUCUGCAAUGUAAUCAGCCUUGAACACAGCCAUGGUGUAUGUGUUGUUACAAGAUGCCAGGAGACCAUUAGAUUGAAUGGGACAGUUAGCAAACUAGCAUCAUGUGGAAAGAAGUGAACGCUCCAUUAAUCCUUUGGGCAGAUUUGAGGUGUUGGAGUCAAUAGUCUGUGUUAGGGUCUGAGUUGGUCUUAGAGGCAUACAGUGAGGGAAAAAAGUAUUUGAUCCCCUGCUGAUUUUGUACGUUUGCCCACUGACAAAGACAUGAUCAGUCUAUAAUUUUAAUGGUAGGUUUAUUUGAACAGUGAGAGACAGAAUAACAACAAAAAAAUCCAGAAAAACGCAUGUAAAAAAUGUUAUAAAUUGAUUUGCAUAUUAAUGAGGGAAAUAAGUAUUUGACCCCCUCUCAAUCAGAAAGAUUUCUGUCUCCCAGGUGUCUUUUAUACAGGUAACGAGCUGAGAUUAGGAGCACACUCUUAAAGGGAGUGCUCCUAAUCCCAGUUUGUUACCUGUAUAAAAGACACCUGUCCACAGAAGCAAUCAAUCAAUCAGAUUCCAAACUCUCCACCAUGGCCAAGACCAAAGAGCUCUCCAAGGAUGUCAGGGACAAGAUUGUAGACUUACACAAGGCUGGAAUGGGCUACAAGACCAUCGCCAAGCAGCUUGGUGAGAAGGUGACAACAGUUGGUGCGAUUAUUCGCAAAUGGAAGAAACACAAAAUAACUGUCAAUCUCCUUCGGCCUGGGGCUCCAUGCAAGAUCUCACCUCGUGGAGUUGCAAUGAUCAUGAGAACGGUGAGGAAUCAGCCCAGAACUACACGGGAGGAUCUUGUCAAUGAUCUCAAGGCAGCUGGGACCAUAGUCACCAAGAAAACAAUUGAUAACACACUACACCGUGAAGGACUGAAAUCCUGCAGCGCCCGCAAGGUCCCCCUGCUCAAGAAAGCACAUAUACAGGCCCGUCUGAAGUUUGCCAAUGAACAUCUGAAUGAUUCAGAGGAGAACUGGGUGAAAGUGUUGUGGUCAGAUGAGACCAAAAUCGAGCUCUUUGGCAUCAACCAACUCGCCGUGUUUGGAGGAGGAGGAAUGCUGCCUAUGACCCCAAGAACACCAUCCCCACCGUCAAACAUGGAGGUGGAAACAUUAUGCUUUGGGGGUGUUUUUCUGCUAAGGGGACAGGACAACUUCACCGCAUCAAAGGGACGAUGGACGGGGCCAUGUACCGUCAAAUCUUGGGUGAGAACCUCCUUCCCUCAGCCAGGGCAUUGAAAAUGGGUAGUGGAUGGGUAUUCCAGCAUGACAAUGACCCAAAACACACGGCCAAGGCAACAAAGGAGUGGCUCAAGAAGAAGCACAUUAAGGUCCUGGAGUGGCCUAGCCAGUCUCCAGACCUUAAUCCCAUAGAAAAUCUGUGGAGGGAGCUGAAGAUUCGAGUUGCCAAACGUCAGCCUCAAAACCUUAAUGACUUGGAGAAGAUCUGUAAAGAGGAGUGGGACAAAAUCCAUCCUGAGAUGUGUGCAAACCUGGUGGCCAACUACAAGAAACAUCUGACCGCUGUGAUUGCCAAGUCAUGUUUUGCAGAGGGGUCAAAUACUUAUUUCCCUCAUUAAAAUGCAAAUCAAUUUAUAACAUUUUUGACAUACAUUUUUCUGGAUUUUGUUGUUGUUAUUCUGUCUCUCACUGUUCAAAUAAACCUACCAUUAAAAUUAUAGACUGAUCAUGUCUUUGUCAGUGGGCAAACGUACAAAAUCAGCAGGGGAUCAAAUACUUUUUUCCCCUCACUGUACCUAGGUGUGUUAUUAGUGAAAAUAAGUUUAAAGAGAUUGGGUCGGAGACAUGACAGGUUAGGCCAGGGAUUAUCAACUAGAUUCAGCCGCGGGCCGAUUUUUAAAUGUAUUUAUUUUUUAAUUGAAUAGAUGAUCAGGGGGCCGGAACAUAAUUAUAAAUAAUUUGUAGACUGCAAAUUGACCGCAAGAAGCUUUAACAGAUACUGUAUAACAUUUGACUAAAACAUGAUAUUUUCAAACCUUGUUUACAUUUGUAUACGAUCACAUACAGUGAGCUCCAAAGGUAUUGGGACAGUGGCACAUUUAUUGUUGUUUUGGCUUUGUAAUCAAGCACUUUGGAUUUGAAAUGAUACAAUGACUAUGAGGUUAAAGUGCAGACUGUCAGCUUUAAUUUGAGGGUAUUUUCAUCCAUAUCUCCCCCAAAAUUCUAACAGCUGUUAGGCGGGGGCUAUAAAAUGUUUUUCUUCCUGACCAGAACACUACAGGGGUGGAUCCCCUCCAUGAGUGUAAACACAGCAUUUUCAUUUGAAAAGGUGUCUGAGUCAACUGUGCUAAAGAAGCUGAAAGAACUUGACCAUUCCAAAGCAACUGGCCUUGACAACAUUCCUGCUAGAUUUCUAAGGGAUGCUGCGGUAAUUAUCACCCCCUGUGUAACUCACAUUGUAAAUCUGUCUAUUGAACUAGGGUGUUUUCCCAGUGAACUAAAACUUGCAAGGGUAAUUCCUUUAUAUAAAAAGGGAAUAAGUUAGAUCAUGGAAACUAUCGGCCUGUCUCAAUCCUGUGUGUUUUAUCGAAGGUCAUGGAAAAUAUUAUGUUUGAGCAGAUUGACAGUUAUAUUUCCUUACAUAACCUAUUCUAUGAGCUCCAAUCUGGCUUUAGGAAAUCCCAUUCCACCGACACUUGCCUACUAUAUCUAACUGACCACAUAAGGAAGGAAGUAGACAGAGGGACAUUUUGUGGUAUGGUUAUGUUAGAUCUCCAAAAGGCGUUUGAUACAGUGGAUCAUGAGAUUUUGUUAAUCAAGCUAAGAGCCAUGGGCUUUAACAACUUAGCAGUAAAAUGGGUUAGCUCUUACCUGCAAGGAAGAAAACAAAUGGUGGAUGUGGAUGGGACCCUGUCUAAAUCCAAAAUCUUGAACUGCGGGGUACCCCAAGGGAGUGUGCUGGGUCCACUUUCCUUUCUAUUGUAGAUAAAUGAUCUGAAAUCUGCCUGUACAUGUGACCUUUUCCUAUAUGCAGAUGAUUCUGCGCUGCUGGUGUCCCACAAAGACAAAAAGGUGGUUGAGAAAGCCCUCAGUGCUGAACUUCUGAAUGUCAGUAAAUGGCAACAUGACAGUAAGCUGUCACUUCACCUUGGAAAAACAGAAUCCAUCUUGUUCUGGUCCAAACUGAAACUGAGGAAAUCCCCAGAUUUUAAGGUGGUAGUAGGUGACAUAGUAGACGCAGCAAAAUACUCUGUUAAGUAUCUUGGAUGUGUGCUAGAUAACCAUCUGACAGGGGAGAGCAUGGCACAAAACUUUAUCUCCAAAGUGAACCAUAAAAUUAGGUUUCUGGCAAGAACCUCCAAAUAUCUGGAUAAGAAUGCAAUAGGGGGAUUGGCAGGGGUUCUUGUUCAGUGCCACUUUGACUAUGUGUGCUCUUCCUGGUACAACAGUGCUCCCAAGAUAAUACAAAAUAAAUUGCAGACAUCGCAGAACAAAUUAGUCAGGAUUAUUCUUAAACCUCCAGCACUUACGCAUCUUGACUAUUCCCACUUUGAAAGCCUUAGAUGGCUCAAAGUGGAGGAGAGAGUCUCUCAGAUUAAAUAGUAUUGUACAUAAGAUUGUCCACAGUAUGGUCCCCAGGUACCUAUGUAACUACUUUAACUUAGGAAGGGAUAACCAUAACUAUUCCACUAGAAGGAGUGAAACUGACGUUGUACCUUUUUAGAUUUAAAAGUGGUAUGGGGAAAUAAACUUUUUUAUACUCCGCUGCCAUUCUUUGGAAUAGUCUUUCGAAGAAUUUGAAACGUAUAACCUCCACAGGUGGUUUCAAGUUCCCACUGAAAAAAUUGCUAAAUAGUAGCAUGUCUCAAAAUUGAGUCGUAAGAUUAUAGUACGUGGCUGAGAAGGAAAUGCCCCGGAUAGCAUAUGGUCUGCCUUUUGGUGCCUUGUUUAUCAUAUUGUGAUUGUCUUGUAUAUAUUAGGUAUUGAUUGUUUUAUAUAUUAAGGGUAUGUGAGACAAGGGAUAUGUACCUGUCCAAAGUUGUUUAUUAGGAAAGGGAAUUGUACUAAUUAUCUCAUGUUAUAAAACAAACAACAAUUUUGUCUGUCAUUGUCUGUUGCCAUUACAAUUGGCACCUAAUCUUGUUGCAUUCCCCCUCCCCCCUUCAAAAGGACCACAAUGGAAAUAAGCUGUUAAGCUUUAUUGUGUUAUCCUUGAUGAUUGUCUUAGAUUGUAUCUGGAGGCUUCACUGGCUGGAGCGCCCUUAUGUAAAGUACCAGUCAAAAGUUUGGACACACCUACUCAUUCCCAGGUUUUUCUUUAUUUUUACUAUUUUCUACAUUUUAGAAUAAUAGUGAAGACAUCAAAACUAUGAAAUAACACAUAUGGAAUCAUGUAGUAACCAAAAAAGUGUUAAACAAAUCAAAAUAUAUUUUAUACAGUGGGGGAAAAAAGUAUUUAGUCAGCCACCAAUUGUGCAAGUUCUCCCACUUAAAAAGAUGAGAGAGGCCUAUAAUUUUCAUCAUAGGUACACAUAAACUAUGACAGACAAAAUGAGAAAAAUAAAUCCAGAAAAUCACAUUGUAGGAUUUUUAAUGAAUUUAUUUGCAAAUUAUGGUGGAAAAUAAGUAUUUGGUCAAUAACACAAGUUUCUCAAUACUUUGUUAUAUACCCUUUGUUGGCAAUGACACAGGUCAAACGUUUUCUGUAAGUCUUCACAAGGUUUUCACACACUGUUGCUGGUAUUUUGGCCCAUUCCUCCAUGCAGAUCUCCUCUAGAGCAGUGAUGUUUUGGGGCUGUCACUGGGCAACACGGACUUUCAACUCCCUCCAAAGAUUUUCUAUGGGGUUGAGAUCUGGAGACUGGCUAGGCCACUCCAGGACCUUGAAAUGCUUCUUACGAAGCCACUCCUUCGUUGCCCGGGCGGUGUGUUUGGGAUCACUGUCAUGCUGAAAGACCCAGCCACGUUUCAUCUUCAAUGCCCUUGCUAAUGGAAGGAGGUUUUCACUCAAAAUCUCACGAUACAUGGCCCCAUUCAUUCUUUCCUUUACACGGAUCAGUCGUCCUGGUCCCUUUGCAGAAAAACAGCCCCAAAGCAUGAUGUUUCCACCCCCAUGCUUCACAGUAGGUAUGGUGUUCUUUAGAUGCAACUCAGCAUUCUUUGUCCUCCAAACACGACGAGUUAAGUUUUUACCAGAAAGUUCUAUUUUGGUUUCAUCUGACCAUAUGACAUUCUCCCAAUCCUCUUCUGGAUCAUCCAAAUGCACUCUAGCAAACUUCAGACGGGCCUGGACAUGUACUGGCUUAAGCAGGGGGACACGUCUGCACUGCAGGAUUUGAGUCCCUGGCGGCGUAGUGUGUUACUGAUGGUAGGCUUUGUUACUUUGGUCCCAGCUCUCUGCAGGUCAUUCACUAGGUCCCCCUGUGUGGUUCUGGGAUUUUUGCUCACCGUUCUUGUGAUCAUUUUGACCCCACGGGGUGAGAUCUUGCGUGGAGCCCCAGAUCGAGGGAGAUUAUCAGUGGUCUUGUAUGUCCUCCAUUUCCUAAUAAUUGCUCCCACAGUUGAUUUCUUCAAACCAAGCUGCUUACCUAUUGCAGAUUCAGUCUUCCCAGCCUGGUGCAGGUCUACAAUUUUGUUUCUGGUGUCCUUUGACAGCUCUUUGGUCUUGGCCAUAGUGGAGUUUGGAGUGUGACUGUUUGAGGUUGUGGACAGGUGUCUUUUAUACUGAUAACAAGUUCAAACAGGUGCCAUUAAUACAGGUAACGAGUGGAGGACAGAGGAGCCUCUUAAAGAAGAAGUUACAGGUCUGUGAGAGCCAGAAAUCUUGCUUGUUUGUAGGUGACCAAAUACUUAUUUUCCACCAUAAUUUGCAAAUAAAUUCAUUAAAAAUCCUACAAUGUGAUUUUCUGGAUUUUUUUCCCUCAAUUUGUCUGUCAUAGUUGACGUGUACCUAUGAUGAAAAUUACAGGCCUCUCUCAUCUUUUUAAGUGGGAGAACUUGCACAAUUGGUGGCUGACUAAAUACUUUUUUUCCCCACUGUAUUUGAGAUUCUUCAAAUAGCCACCCUUUGCCUUGAUGACAGCUUUUCACACACUUGGCAUUCUCUCAACCAGCUUCACCUGGAAUGCUUGUCCAACAGUCUUGAAGGAGUUCCCACAUAUGCUGAGCACUUGUUGGCUGCUUUUCCUUCACUCUGCGGUCCAACUCAUCCCAAACCAUUUCAAUUGGUUGAGGUUGGGUGAUUGUGGAGGCCAGGUCAUCUAAUGCAGCACUCCAUCACUCUCCUUCUUGGUCAAAUAGCCCUUACACAGCCUGGAGGUGUGUUGGGUCAUUGUCCUGUUGAAAAAUAAAUUAUAGUCCCAUUAAACGCAAAACCAGAUGGGAUGGCGUAUCGCUGCAGAAUGCUGUGGUAGCCAUGCUAGUUAAGUGUGCCUUGAAUUCUAAAUAAAUCACUGACAGUGUCACCAGCAAAGCACCCCCACACCAUCACACCUCCUCCUCCAUGCUUCACGGUGGGAACCACACAUGCAGAGAUCAUCCGUUCAUCUACUCUGCGUCUCACAAAGACACGGCAGUUGGAACCAAAAAUCUCAAAUUUGGACUCAUCAGACCAAAGGACAGAGUUCCACCAGUCUAAUGUCCACUGCUUGUGUUUCUUGGCCCAAGCAAGUCUGUUCUUAUUAUUGGUGUCCUUUAAAUAGUGGAUUCUUUGCAGCAAUUUGACCAUGAAGGCCUGAUUCAUGCAGUCUCCUCUGAACAGUUGAUGUUGAGAUGUGUCUGUUACUUGAACUCUGUGAAGCAUUUGGGCUGCGAUUUCUGAGACUGGUAACUCUAAUGAACGUAUCCUCUACAGUAGAGGUAACUCUGGGUCUUCCUUUCCUGUGGCGGUCCUCAUGAGAGCCAGUUUCAUCAUAGCGCUUGAUGGUUUUUACGACUGCACUUGAAGAAACUUUCAAAGUUCUUGAAAUGUUCCAUAUUGACUGACCUUCAUGUCUUAAAGUAAUGAUGGACUGUCGUUUCUCAUUGCUUAUUUGAGCUGUUCUAAUAUGGACUUGGUCUUUUACCAAAUAGGGCUAUCUUCUGUAUACCACCCCUACCUUGUCACAACACAACUGAUUGGCUCAAACGCAUUAAGAAGGAAAGAAAUUCCACAAAUUAACUUUUAACAAGGCACACCUGUUAAUUGAAAUGCAUUCCAGGUGACUACCUCAUGAAGCUGGUUGAGAGAAUGCGAAGCGUGUGCAAAGCUGUCAUCAAGGCAAAGGGUGGCUACUUUGAAGAAUCUCAAAUAUAAAAUAUAUUUUGAUUUGUUUAACACUUUUUUGGUUACUGCAUGAUUCCAUAUGUGUUAUUUCAUAGUUUUGAUGUCUUCACUAUUAUUCUACAAUGUAGGAAAUAGUAAAAAUGAAGAAAAACCCUGGAAUGAGUAGGUGUGUCCAAACCUUUGACUAGUACUGUAUGUAUUUUGAAAAUGGUCAAAUAAAUUGUCAAUUCAAUCAAUCAAUAUCUCUCCCAGACUGUCAAGUCUCAGACCCGCGCCAUAAUGAAAUGUAUUGGGCACAGUCCAUUAACCAAGAGUAAAAUGGCUAGGUGACGUCUGAAACAGAGCUGCGGGCAGCCAGCUAUGGUGCUGCUCUCCCUUUUCUUUCCCUUUGAUUUCUCCUCUCUCUAUCUCUUUAUUUUUGUUGCCUCUCUCUCUUGUCUUUCUCUUCUGCCCGUCACAGCUCUGUAGCAGGGUAGGAUUUAUUAACCAACUGCUCUGAGCAUCUUUGAGCUCACAGAGCUGUGAAACUUGUGAUUUCCUCCUUUUAGACGAGGGGACUGGGAACUGGAGUUUUGACUGGACCUCAUGGUCAUAUUCUACUACACAGUGUCAUCAUGGCUGAUGUACACAGACAUUUGUUAUAUAGAUACUGUCUCUUGCUAGCUCUCUCACACACUUGUGACAGGUACACUUUACAUGUCAGACAGAUGCACACACACACGCACUGUGUCUGUAUAUGCUGCAGUAGCCUAUGUGUUAUGUUGAGGGGGAUACAGGGCAGGGUAAUAAUAGUACUAGAGGAGCAGAGGCUGUUCAUUUUGUGCUAUGCUGUACUGUGUUGUGCUUGACUGGACUGUGCUGUGCUGUGUAUCUUUGUAGUUCCUGUGGAUUAGCUGAUGCUCUUCCUCUGAGGCUGCUGCUAUUCCACUGAUCUCAGCAGCAGCUGGCCACUACGGCCCAGCCCAACCCCACUCUGGGAACAGUGCUAGCCUCUCUGCAGCAUGCGCACACACACCCACUUAAGCGUACACCACACUGACCUUUUUCAAGUCCUUCCAAAAUUAACAUGCCAAGGUGAAUGAGUUAAUGUUUUCUUUUUGUGUCGUGCCAACUGUUGUGGCCCAUCCCACGUGAUGAGUGUCUCUCUCUCUCUCUCUCCUCUCCUCUCUCUCUCUCCUCUCCUCUCUCUCUCCUCUCUCUCUCUCUCUCUCUCUCUCCUCUCUCUCUCCUCUCUCUCUCUCUCUCUCUCUCUCCUCUCCUCUCUCUCCUCUCUCUCUCUCUCUCUCUCUCUCUCUCUCUCUCUCCUCUCCUCUCUCUCCCUCUCCUCUCCUCCCCCAUCUCCCCUCUCCCCCUCUUUCUGUUAAGGUAUUGGAUCUGAUCUCCAGUGACAACCUGAACGUACCGUCAGAAGAGGAGGUAUACCGGGCCGUGCUGAGCUGGGUCAAACACGACAUAGAUGGGCGCAGGCAGCACGUUCCCUGGGUAAGAUUAGACGUGCACCUGUGUGGCUAAGUUGGUGGAGCAUGGCACUUACAACAUCAGGAUUGUGGGUUUCAUUCCUGCUGAGGCCACCCAUACGAGGAUGUAUACACGCAGUAGUGUAAGUCGCUUUGGAUAAAAGCGUCUGCCCCCUCUCCCCUCCCCCUUCCCCUCCCCACUCUAGCUGAUGAAGUGCGUGCGUCUGCCCCUGCUGCGGAGGGAUUUCCUUAUGAGCAAUGUGGACACGGAGCUGCUGGUGCGCCACCACUCUGAGUGCAAGGACCUGCUCAUCGAGGCCCUCAAGUACCAUCUUAUGCCCGAGCAGAGGGGUGUGCUGAGUAACAGCCGCACCCGGCCGCGCCGCUGCGAGGGCGCCAGCCCCGUGCUCUUUGCCGUCGGUCAGUGUGCCCCCGAGGUUACCCACCAGGGUACAUACACACACAGAGACACACACACACAUACACAUAAAGUGCUAUGAAAAAGUAUUUGCCCCCUUUCUAACUUUCUCUACUUUUGCAUAUUUGUGAUACUGAAUGUUAUCAGAUCUUCAACCAAAACCUAAUAUUAGAUAAAGGGAACAUAAGUGAACAAAUAACACAACAAUUACAUAUUUAUUUCAUAAACAAAGUUAUGCAACACCCAAUUCCCCUGUGUGAAAAAGUAAUUGCCCCCUUACACUCAAUAACUGGUUGUGCCAGCUUUAGCUGCAAUGACUCCAACCAAAUGCUUCCUGUAGUUGUUGAUCAGUCUCUCACGUCGCUGUGGAGGAAUUUUGGCCCACUCUUCCAUGCAGAACUGCUUUAACUCAGUGACGUGUGGGUUUUCAAGCAUGAACUGCUCGUUUCAAGUCCUGCCACAACAUCUCAAUUGGGAUCAGGUCUGGACUUUGACUAGGCCAUUCCAAAACUUCAAAUUUGUUGCUUUUUAGCAAUUUUCAUGUAGACUUGAUUGUGUGUUUUGGAUCAUUGUCUUGCUGCAUGACCCAGCUGCGCUCCAGCUUCAGCUCACAGACGGAUGGUCUGACAUUCUCCUGUAGAAUUCUCUGAUACAGAGCAGAAUUCAUGGUUCCUUCUAUUAAGGCAAGUUGUCCAGGUCCUGAGGCAGCAAAGCAUCCCCAAACCAUCACACCACCACCCCCACCAUGCUUGACCUUUGGUAUGAUGUUCUUACUGUGGAAUGCAGAGUUUGGUUUUCGCCAGGCAUUACUGGAACCAUGUAGUCCAAAAAAUUAUACUUUUGAAUCAUCUGUCCAUAGAACGUUCUUCCAAGAGUCUUGAUGAUCAUCCAGGUGCUUUUUGGCAAACUUGAGUCAACCUUUUGGACGAGAUGGGUCCCAUUAUGCCUGGCGAAAACAAAACACUGGACGACUUGCCUUAAUAGAAGGAACCAUGAAUUCUGCUCUGUAUCAGAGAAUUCUACAGGAGAAUGUCAGACCAUCCGUCUGUGAGCUGAAGCUGAAGUGCAGCUGGGUCAUGCAGCAAGACAAUAAUCCAAAACACACAAUCAAGUCUACAUGAAAAUUGCUAAAAAGCAACAAAUUGGAAGUUUUGGAAUGGCCUAGUCAAAGUCCAGACCUAAUCCCAAUUGAGAUGUUGUGGCAGGACUUGAAACGAGCAGUUCAUGCUUGAAAACCCACACGUCACUGAGUUAAAGCAGUUCUGCAUGGAAGAGUGGGCCAAAAUUCCUCCACAGCGACGUGAGAGACUGAUCAACAACUACAGGAAGCAUUUGGUUGGAGUCAUUGCAGCUAAAGCUGGCACAACCAGUUAUUGAGUGUAAGGGGGCAAUUACUUUUUCACACAGGGGAAUUGGGUGUUGCAUAACUUUGUUUAUGAAAUAAAUAUGUAAUUGUUGUGUUAUUUGUUCACUUAUGUUCCCUUUAUCUAAUAUUAGGUUUUGGUUGAAGAUCUGAUAACAUUCAGUAUCACAAAUAUGCAAAAGUAGAGACAAUUAGAAAGGGGGCAAAUACUUUUUCAUAGCACUAUUCAUACAUACAUACAUACAUACAUACAUACAUACAUACAUACAUACAUACAUACAUACAUACAUACAUACAUACAUACAUACAGUGCCUUCAGAAAAUAUUCAUACCCCUUGACUUAUUCCAAAUUUAUUGAAAAUGAAUUACAGAAAUAUCACAUUUACAUAAAUAUUCACACCCCUGAGUCAAUACAUGUUAGAAUCGCCUUUGGCAGAGAUGACAGCUGUGAGUCUUUCUGGAUAAGUCUCUAAGAGCUUUGCACACCUGGAUUGUACAAUAUUUGCACAUUAUUAUUUUUAAAUUCUUCAAGGUCUGUCAAGUUGGUUGUUGAACAUUGCUAGACAGCCAUUUAAGUCUUGCCAUAGAUUUUCAAACAGAUUUAAGUCAAAACUGUAACUAGGCCACUCAGGAACAUUCAAUGUCAUCUUGGUAAGCAAUUCCAGUGUAUAUCUGGGCCUUGUGUUUUAGGUUAUUGUCCUGCUGAAAGGUGAAUUUGUCUCAAGGAUUUAGCCUUUGCUUAGCUUUAUUAGUGUUAUUUUUAUUUUUAAAAAUUCACUAGUGAUGAUAAGCAUACCCAUAACAUGAUGCAGCCACCACCAUGCUUGAAAAUAUGAAUAGUGGUACUCGGUGAUAUGUUGUGUUGGAUUUGCCCCAAACGUAACAUAACGCUUUGUAUUCAGGACAUGAAGUUAAUUUCUUUUCCACAUUUUUUGCAGUUUUACUUUAGUGCCUUAUUGCAAACAGGAUGCAUGUUUUGGAAUAUUUGUAUUAUGUACAGGCUUAUUCUACAAUGUAGAAAAUAGUAAAAAAUAAAGAAAAACCCAGGAAUGAGUAGGUGUGAACAAACUUUUGACUGGUACUGUAUAUACAUACAUGCAUGCAUACAUGCAUACAUACAUACAUACUGUAAUGUGUUUAUAAUACAAACCCAACAAAUACACAUUCUUAAAUUACUGAAACUGUAGACCGCCAUUAGGAAAAUAGGGAUCCUGAAUUUGGCCCAUGGUUAAAAGCUAACUUGUUCACAGAUACAUAAAACAUUACAUUUUCAAACAUUACAUUUGAAGUAGAUUGGAUGCAGCAAUUAUUCAAAAGAAGAUUGGUGCUUACCAUGUCUAGAAAUAUUUGUGUAUUUUUUAGGGCAUUGCACCUGUAAAAAGUAAAAUGUUGCCAACUGUGUUUUAAUACCCAUAUAUCUAUAGAUACACUACAUGACCAAAAGUAUGUGGACACCUGCUCGUUAAACAUCUCAUUCCAAAAGCAUGAGCAUUAAAAUGGAGUUGGUCCCCCCUUUACUGCUAUAACAGCCUCCUUCCAUUCAGCCACAAUAGCAUUUGUGAGGUCGGGCACUGAUGUUGGGCAAUUAGGCCUGGCUCGCAGUUGGCGUUCCAAUUCAUCCCAAAGGUGUUCGAUGGGGUUGAGGUUAGGGUCAGUGCAGGCCAGUCAAGUUCUUCCACACCGAUCUUGAUAAACCAUUUCUGAAUGGACCUCGCUUUGUGCACUGGGGCAUUGUCAUGCAGAAACAGGAAAGGGCCUUCCCCAUGGAAAACCAUCCCCAGACCAUUAUUCCUCCUCCACCAAACUUUACAGUUGGCACUAUGCAUUGGGGCAGGAAGUGUUCUCCUGGCUUCCGCCAAACCCAGAUUCGUCCGUCGGAAUGCCGGAUGGUGACGCGUGAUUUAUCACUCCAGAGAACACGUUUCCACUGCUCCAGAGUCCAAUGGCGGCGAGCUUUACACCACUCCAGCCGACGCUUGGCAUUGCGCAUGGUGAUCUUAGGCUUGUGUGCGGCUGCUCUGCCAUGGAAACCCAUUUCAUGAAGCUCCUGACGAACAGUUCUUGUGCUGACGUUGCUUCCAGAGGCAGUUUGGAACUCGGUAGUGAGUGUUGCAACCGAGGACAGACAAUGUUUACACGCUACACGCUUCAGCACUCGGCGGUCCCGUUCUGUGAGCUUGUGUGGCCUACCACUUCGCGGCUUCUGUACGUUGUUGCUUCUAGACGUUUCCAAUUCACAAUAACAGCACUUACAGUUGACCUGGGCAGCUCUAGCAGGGCAAAAGUUUGACGAACUGACUUGUUGGAAGGUGGCAUCCUAUGACGGUGCCACGUUAAAAGUCACUGAGCUCUUCAGUAAGGCCAUUCUACUACCAAUGUUUGUCUAUGGAGAUUGCAUCACUGUUUGCUCGAUUUUAUACACCUGUCCACAAUGGGUGCGGCUGAAAUAGCCAAAUCCACUAAAUUGAAGGGGUGACCACAUACUUUUGUAUAUAUAGUGUAUUUGAAUGACCGCUUCAGAUAUUUAGAUGACGUUGUUGUUGUCUGUGUGUUUUGCCCAGGUGGCGGCAGUCUGUUUGCUAUCCACGGCGACUGCGAGGCCUACGACACCCGGACUGACCGCUGGCACAUGGUGGCAUCCAUGUCCACUCGGCGGGCACGGGUGGGCGUGGCGGCCAUUGGCAACAAGCUGUACGCGGUGGGAGGGUAAUAAAUGACCUCAUCAGACCAUCCUUUGACCUCCAGAUGGUCUGGAUUUGGGUAUUCUCGAAGCCAUAACCAAUGUCCUCAACACUGGAAGAUUACACUAGUGUUAAUUAUGCUAGCUAGCGCAGUUUAAGUUUAUGGUAACAGUUUACUUGACACCCAGUGUCGUAACACGUUAUGACACGGUCAUAACCAUGUCAUAGCAGCUGACAUAACUUUUCAUAACCUGUCAUAUGGUCAUAACACUGUCAUGACCCAUAUAUUUCCACCUAUUGUGACAUAUAUCGUGUUAUUUUAUGGCUGAUUAUGACACCUACAUAAGUGUCAACAUUUAUUCAAAUUAGUUUUUUCCUGCCAAGAAGUUUGUUUUCGGUUUGAAAGUUUCUCUUAAAUCCUUUGUUUUUGUUGUAUUGAAUUAUUUACAGUCAUGUUUUUUUCAUCAUAUUUUAAAUAUCUUGUAGAAAAUACACUUUAUGACACUGUCAUGAAGCUUUAUGACCAUCCUGUGUCACUUUACUUGGACUAAGAAAAUACACUUUAUGACACUGUCAAGAAGCGUUAUGACCAUCAUAAUCAUAUAAGGAAGAUAGGCCUAUCACAUACAUGCCCUUAUGUCAGUCAUCAGUCAAAAAGAAGGUGUCUCGUCCUUCUCCUGAAAUCUGCUCCUGCAUUCAUCCCAGUUAUCAGCAACAGAGCAUUGGGGUAGGUGAUUGUCUGACAUCAAUGUGUGUGCAAUCACAAUGAUAAUUUAACAUGGUCAAUUUACAUUUUUUUUUAUAUAACAUACAGUAGCCUAUGUUUAAACAGUAUGUUUAUGGUGUGAUAGAAUGUUUUGCCUUGUGUGGUAGGUUUUGUGGGUUUUGACACUUAUGUAGGUUUCAUAAAAGGCCAUAAAAUAACGCAAUAUAUGUCACAACAGGUCUAAAUAUGUGUCAUGGCAGUGUUAUGACCAUAUUAUAACAGAUUAUGUUAGCUGUUAUGACAUGGUUAUGACCGUGUCAUAAUGUGUUAUGACGCUGGGUGUCAAGUAAAGUGUUACCAAGUUUACAAUAUGUCUGAAAGAGAAACUAGGAUAUGGUGAGAUACAGUAUCUUGUAAUCCAAUUUCUCAUUCAAGAAAACAUGUUGGAUUAUUGGCAUUUGUAUAAUAAGAUAAACAGUUAACUGUGGUAGGAGGAAACUGUUGGUAGACUAACAUUAGCAGUCCCCUCAAGUGUAAUUAUGCAAAUUCUGACUUUUGAAGCCAAGGCACGUCUUCUCUACCCGAGAGGGAAACAAAACAGAUACGUUUGUCUUUGUAAAUCAAGAGAAAGAUAGAACAAAGUAGCAUCUGAUGCACUACUAUCACUGUCUGGAAUGUCAAAGUUUUAUCCAGGUGCUACUGAUGGAAAUGAGGUAGAUGACAUACCCUGUCAAAUAGAUAAACAGAUGAUUAAUUUAUUUUAUUUAAAGAACGUUUCUUGUAUUUAACUGUUAACAAAGUACAGUUGUGAAGACUUGCUUAACAAAGAAAGCCUCCUUUUGAGAUGAGAUUAAAGUAAGAAACCUGAAGAGGAACUAGGGCCCUUAUUCACAAAGGGUCUCAGACUAGGAGUGCUGAUCUAGGAGCAGGUCUCCCCCGUCUUAUUCAAUAUGACGAAAAAGAAAAACUGAUCCUAGAUCAGCACUCCUAUUCUGAGACCCUUUGUGAAUAUGUGCCCAGACCCUAGCGGCAGGGUGGUUGGCCUAGAUCAGGGACUAAAAUUUAAAAUGUAAACUCAUCAUGGGUCUGCGUAUCCCCCCCCCCUUCGUGAUAGCGAAGAGAAAGUUAUUUAGCAAUUUUAUAACAAAUUUCAUGCAAUUCUACUCAAUUUGCCAUGGGUCGGAGAGAAAAAUCUGCAGUUUUACAGCUAAUUUCCUGCAAUUCUACACAUUUUGCAUAGGGUGGAGGCAAAUGUCAGCCAUUUUUAAUAUGAUAACUGAUGAUCAAUGGGCCCCACCCUGGUUGGUAAUUUGACCAUGCUUACUACAAGUUUAGAUCGGUAGACUAACAAAAUCAUGUUUUUUGCUGACAUGGGCUAAUUGAGUGACGCUGAUGCACAGCCAAAUUUCGAAAUUGCACCUUGUGUAGUCUAUUAUUCUAACUCUCAACAGUAAGUUGAGACCCCAACUGAUCCGCCGGCCGCCAGUUGCCCAUCCCUGGCCUAGAUACACUUCUCUCUCUGAUAUACUCUGUCUCCCUCAGGUAUGACGGCACCUCUGAUUUGGCCACCGUGGAGUCCUACGACCCUGUCACCAACUCCUGGCAACCUGAGGUUUCCAUGGGGACACGGCGGAGCUGUCUGGGCGUGGCAGUGUUGCACGGCCUCCUGUACGCCGCCGGUGGUUACGACGGAGCUUCCUGUCUCAACAGGUACAUAAAGAAAUAUAUAGAUAAUAAUAAUUAUAAGCCUUGUGUCCAAAAUGGCACCCUGCAUGCUGCACUACUUUUGACUAUAGUCCAUAGGGCUUUGUCACAACAGAUUUUGACUGUCACGGAUGCAAAUACUAAGAUGACAUGACGUUUGUACUCCAUAAAUGUAUAUAAUGAAUGCCCCCCUCCACCCCAACAGUGCAGAGCGGUACGACCCUCUCACCAGUACCUGGACCUCCAUCUCUGCCAUGAGCACAAGAAGGAGAUACGUCCGUGUGGCUACUCUAGGUGAGCAAGUGUUGUCCACCUCUUGUGUGAUGAUGUCACCUAUUGAGAAAGGAUAUACUUACUGUAUGUUAGCCUAGAGCAAGGAUGGGCAACUGGUGGGCCACCCCCUUUAGUAGGCCCGCUGAUAUUUUUGGGGGGGAACUCAGUUGGGGUCUCAAUUUACUGUUAUAGAAUAAUGGAUUAUACAUGGUGCAAUUUCAAAUUUUGGUUGUGCAUCAGCAGUUCUUCUCUUGUUAUGUCAGUAACUGACAGUCAUUCAAUUAGCCAAUUCCGGCUAACAUUUUUGCUAGCUAUCUAAACUUUCUGCUAAACUUGUAGUAAUCAUGGUCGAAUUACCUACCAGGGCCCCCCAUUGAUCAAAAGAUAUCAUAUUAAAAACAUUUGUCUCCGGCAAAAUGAGUAGAAUUGCAGGAAAUUAACUCUAAAACGUAUCUUUGCUGUCAAGGGGACUGCUAAAAUGUUUUGCUCACAAGGUGGGGAGGGCCCCAACUAAAUUUUGCUUAGGGGCCCCAAAAGGCUAGGGCCGGCUCUGACUGCAUACUUGGGUGUGGAUGCCGGUACACAGAUCCAUGAGCCACUGCGGCCCCUCAUGAUGAGUUCCAAUUUUUUGUGGCCCCCACCCCCAUCAAAUUUGCCCAUCCCUGGCCUACUACCCGCUUCCUAGUAAAUAUGGGCCUCAUCAAACAUUUUUUAUUUUUGCGAGCUGAAAUGUAGCGUUUUGAGCUUAUUGUCACGGCACUCACUCUCUCUUUCUUUUGCUCUCUCUUUUCCUCUCUCUCUCUCUCUCUCUCUCUCUCUCUCUCUCUCUCUCUCUCUCUCUCUCUCUCUCUCUCUCUCUCUCUCUCUCUCUCUCUCUCUAGAUGGCAGUCUGUAUGCAGUAGGAGGAUAUGACAGCUCCUCACACCUAGCAACAGUGGAGAAAUAUGAACCACAGGUAAUAAACAAACAAACGGACAGAUCUCUACAAUAUGCACAUUAAGACAUAGGGCCAGUUUCCUGGACCCAGAUUAAGCCUAUAGAAGAAUCUCAACUGAGCAUGAUUUUCAGUAGCCUGGUGGAACGAACUUGAUUGCUGCGUUCACCAUUCUGUUAAAUAGAAUGGUGAACGUAGUGAUCAGGCUGGUUCAACCAGGCUAUAUUUAAUGUCCAUGAGUAGGCUUAAUCUGGUUAAAACCGGACCAUAAAGCUGAACUUCUGCCCAGAUCAAAAAGUAGAAGCUAAGUUUUGAGUUCAACCUCAACAAUCACUGAUAAGUUGCUCAAAACUGAUCAUGUGACUCCCAACAACCCUCUAUGAUUGGUCGGAACAGAGUAACGCGUGGACGGCCAUCGCCAACAUGCUGAGUCGGCGCAGCAGUGCCGGGGUGGCCGUGCUGGAGGGCAUGCUCUACGUCGCCGGGGGCAACGACGGCACCAGCUGCCUAAACUCGGUGGAGCGAUUCAAUCCCAAGACCAACGCCUGGGAGGGUGUGGCGCCCAUGAACAUCCGCAGGUGGGCACCGCCAGCCGCAUCACAAUUACUACCAACCACCUCUAGCUAUAACUGCAUAAUCAAUGCAUACAUAGAGCCAUAUUGCUCCUCAUAAAUGCCUUUAUAAUGCAUAAAGGCUGGUUUUAGGUUUUCAUUCCUUCAUUCCAGCCCUUACUCAGCAAAUUAUCUGGGUUUCUGGAGGAACCUGCAUACACAAUGGGCCUCAGAGACCAGGAUUUGGAGAUUAAAAUUAGUGUCACACACACACACACACACAAACAUACACAGACAGACACACACACACAAAGGGAGACAGACAGCGUCAAUAAGAAAGGAUUUGAGCAGGGAAACCUGACAACAGUGGACGCUCCCGGCCCUAUAAAUAAACCAUUGCUGUAAUCAGUAGUAUGGCUCAUAUUCAUCUAGAGCCUGAUCUAGUCUCAGUAGAGUCAUAUUCAAUAGGAACCAAAUGGAAGCAAACUGGCCGAAACAGGGAGGGAUCUGCCUUAAUUUGUCCAUAAGAAACACCUUUUUUCACCUUUCGUUGCAAGUCGUUUUGUUACGUUGUGCAUUAAUGAAUACGCCCCAGGCCUCCAUUUACACUGCAGUGAGCUCAGUCUUUAGCAACAGGCUAGGCAGGGAAGUCCUUCUGGUUUUCUUUUCUGCCUAAUAGUUAAUUGAUCAAUUAAUAUUACUGAAUGGCCAGCAGACCUGCGUUAAAAUACUAUUUGAGUUCAUUUUAAACACUGUACUUGAUUGAGCUUGCCUGUUGCAAUGGAACCAAGAGGAAAAAAGCGGGUGGCCAUCCUAUCGCCUCUGACCACAGAACAUCGGCUGUACUUUUCAGUUCAUUUCCCGACAAUUCUACAUGUUGAAUCACCACUGUUUGUUGACACCCAGCAGGUGAUUGCUAACACACUGCGGCCACCCGCUGCUUUUAGCUUUUAGUCUUUGUGGUGUGCCUGAGCUAUUACUGAGUCUGCACGUUGUCCUGUCCUCCCGCAGGAGUACCCACGACCUGGUGACCAUGGAUGGCUGGCUGUACGCUGUGGGCGGCAAUGACGGCAGCUCCAGCCUCAACUCCAUCGAGAAGUACAACCCACGCAGCAACAAGUGGGUGGCGGCCUCCUGCAUGUUCACGCGGCGCAGCAGUGUGGGCGUGGCCGUCCUAGAGCUGCUCAACUUCCCACCGCCCUCGUCGCCCACGCUCUCUGUGUCCUCCACCAGCCUUUGACACGGGGCUAGGCACUGGCUGACCUCAGCCUCAACCCCCGCCUCGGCCUCGGUCGCUGCCGCCACCACCGCACAGCCAGGCCCCAGCAAGAGACGCAACUGCUCUGUGUGAAGAGGAGGGAGUGAGAGGAUGCAUAUACUUGAUUCAGGUAGCGAGAGGGAGAGUGGAGAGAAGGGCUUGAGAGAGAGUGGGAGGGUACAGUUAGAGGGAGAAGAGGUGAUGGGAAAAGCGAGAGAGAGGAAGAGUGAAAGAUGGAGAGAGAAACACACAGAGGGUGCUGCUGGAUCUUGUGCGGUCUUUCCCUGAAGUCUCACUGUAUUACCGUAAAGAUACCAGCUUCUAGUCUAUUGAAGAACACAGGAGAGUUUUCCUCAGAUAAAGAUGUUGGAAAAAAACACCAUCCUCCUUCCAUCCCUUUGCAAUUCAGCGCUUGAAACACAGUCUCUGAACCGAGACGGUCACUUUGUGUAUCAUGUGUACUGUCCUCCCC